AUGCGGACGGAAGACGCAAAGAAGCGGCGGGAGGACAUCGAAACGAAAGGCCUGGCGAAAGUCAUCACCAGUCAGGAGCAUAGCGAUACCAUGUUCGUGCAGUGUCACCCCAAGGGUACAAAAGGUACGGUGAACUCUCCAGGCAGCGUGAUGCCGGAGCUCGAUAGCCAUGCACCUAGUGCGAACAACCCUACGCCUCUUGAAUCGCGCUUCUCGCCCUGGCACGCAUGCGGCUCGGAUCACAAAGUAUAUCACCUAGGGAUGAGACGAUCUGCACACUUCUCGCUCGAAGGAUGUAUACUCCGGUUGCCGCCUGGCGACUACGGACACGAGGCAGCUGCUCGGCAAUGGGAAGAAACAUUUGGAGUUACGAGAAGUCGAGACCUCUUGGCGUUCACAAAUGCCAGGAUGGGCUUCGUUCCUGGCCAGAAUGCAUGCCCGGAAGGACUGGUCUCGAUAACGGUUGGUGUGAAGGGUCAGACAACCUUGAACGCCAUACUGCAGAGGGCAAGGAGAGCGGAAGUGUCCAGUGAUGGGAAUGUGAGCAUGUGCGGAGUUAGAUGGAACUUUGUCCUGACGGGCCACGGAGAUUCCAAACUUCAGGCGCAUGCCAAGAGCCUAAGUCAGCAGCUGCGGGCCAUUAUGAAGGUUGUUGGUCCCUGUUGUGCGCAGGAUCAAUGUUCGUCGCAGCAGCCUGGAGAUUGUCAGUGUUGCUUUGCAUCUCGAUAG